AUGACUACCAACGAGAAGGAGGUUAAAGAACAGGCACAGCACCUGGACAGGGUUGAAGGGCUUGACUCCCAUGAUGCAGGACUCGCUGAGCAUGCCCUGCCUUCCUACCACGACAAAGAGACGAACCGGAUCCUACGCAAGGUUGACACCCGCCUGCUCCCGGUGCUUGUGCUUCUCUACAUUCUGUCCUUCCUGGACCGUAGCAAUAUGGGCAACGCAAACAUUGCCGGCCUGAGCGAGGACUUAAAUCUCGUCGGCCCCCAGUACAAUUAUGCCUUGAUGGUGUUUUUCUUUCCAUACGCUCUGCUGGAGAUUCCGAGUAAUAUGAUCCUCAAACUUCUGAACCCCAGCACGUGGAUUGCGAUCUUGAUGCUGGCCUGGGGUACAGUGAUGACUCUACAGGGCAUCGUUCAGGGUUAUCACGGUCUGCUUGCCACGCGAACCAUGCUCGGCGUGGCAGAAUCUGGAUUCUUCCCUGCCGCUUCUUAUCUGCUCACAACGUGGUACUGCCGGUUCGAGCUUCAGCGAAGAAUGGCGAUAUUCUACGGCGGUGCUGCGAUCUCUGGAGCUUUCUCAGGCUUGCUGUCGUAUGGGAUCGUCCAGAUGGACGGUGUCGCUGGCUUGGAGGGAUGGAGAUGGAUAUUCAUCCUCGAAGGCAUCGUCACCGUACUGGUAGGAUGCUGUGUACCGUUCAUCCUUCCAGACUCUCCGAGAAAGGCCUCCUUCCUUGAAGAAUGGGAGAAAGACCAUUUGAUGGAGCGGCUUGAGCAUGAUGCUGGCACUGCAGCCGGCCAAGUGGAUUACGACGACAAAUUUUCGGUCAAAUCUCUGACCGGGGUCCUCCUGGACUGGAAGCUGUGGCUCACGAUUGUCUGCUGUUGGGGCAACAGCAUCAUCAUCUACGCCUUCACCUACACCGCCCCUACAAUUGUUGUUAGUCUUGGAUAUGAGAAUGCGAUCGCCCAGUUGGUCACCAUGCCUCUCUUCGUGGCUGGUUUUCUGGGCGUCCUGUUGUUUGCCUGGCUUGCCGACAAGCGCCGAAUUCGAUGGGUCUUUGUGGCUGGCCCUUACUCCAUCGCCGUGGUCGGCUGCGUUGCCCUCCUUGCCAUCCCACAAACGGGAGGCUACGAAGGCGUGACUUUCUUCUUCCUCUUUUUCAUUCCUGUUGGAGCCUAUGCAGGAAUUGUGAGUAUCCUCAGCUGGACUGGCAACAACCUAGCACCGUCCUGGAAGCGUGCUAUUGGUAUGGCAUUCAUUCUCACCGGCGCCAAUCUUGGUGGGCUUGUCGGAUCGAACAUCUUUAUUGCUGCUCAGGCUCCAAGCUAUCCGUUGGGAUAUGGCUUAUGCCUCGGCAUCCUUUGCGCCGCGAUUGCCUCUGCUGGUUUGCUCGCGCUCGCAUACCGAAACCAGAACAGAAAGAGGGAUGCCAUGUCUGCCGAAGAGAUUCGGGCGAAGUACAGCGACGAUGAGUUGACGAGGAUGGGCGACAAGAGCCCUUUCUUCCGCUACGUGAUAUGA